AUGGGUAAAGAAAAGACUCACGUUAACGUCGUUGUCAUCGGACACGUCGACUCCGGUAAAUCUACCACUACCGGUCACUUGAUCUUCAAGUGUGGUGGUAUUGACAAGCGUACCAUCGAGAAGUUUGAGAAGGAGGCCGCCGAAUUGGGUAAGGGUUCCUUCAAGUACGCCUGGGUUCUUGACAAGCUUAAGGCUGAGCGUGAAAGAGGUAUCACCAUCGACAUUGCCUUGUGGAAGUUCGAGACUCCAAAGUACCACGUCACUGUCAUUGACGCCCCAGGUCACAGAGAUUUCAUCAAGAACAUGAUCACUGGUACCUCCCAGGCUGACUGUGCCAUUCUCAUCAUUGCCGGUGGUAUCGGUGAAUUCGAGGCUGGUAUCUCCAAGGAUGGUCAGACCAGAGAGCACGCUCUUUUGGCUUUCACCCUCGGUGUUAGACAGCUCAUUGUCGCCAUCAACAAGAUGGACUCCGUCAAGUGGGACGAGUCUCGUUUCGACGAGAUUGUCAAGGAAACCUCCAACUUCAUCAAGAAGGUUGGUUACAACCCAAAGACUGUUCCAUUCGUCCCAAUCUCUGGUUGGAACGGUGACAACAUGAUUGACGUUUCCGACAACUGUCCUUGGUACAAGGGAUGGCAAAAGGAGACCAAGGCCGGUGUUUCCAAGGGUAAGACCCUUUUGGAGGCUAUCGACGCCAUUGAGCCACCAUCAAGACCAACUGACAAGCCAUUGAGAUUGCCAUUGCAAGAUGUUUACAAGAUCGGUGGUAUUGGAACUGUGCCAGUCGGUCGUGUUGAGACCGGUGUCAUUAAGGCCGGUAUGGUCGUUACCUUUGCCCCAGCCGGUGUUACCACCGAAGUCAAGUCCGUCGAGAUGCACCACGAGCUUUUGACUGAGGGUAUCCCAGGUGACAACGUCGGAUUCAACGUCAAGAACGUUUCCGUCAAGGAGAUCAGAAGAGGUAACGUCUGUGGUGACUCCAAGAACGACCCACCAAAGGGUGCUGAAUCUUUCAACGCCCAGGUCAUCAUCUUGAACCACCCUGGUCAGAUCUCUGCUGGAUACUCUCCAGUUUUGGACUGUCACACUGCUCACAUUGCUUGUAAGUUCGAGACUUUGCUCGAGAAGAUCGACAGACGUUCCGGUAAGUCUUUGGAAGACUCUCCAAAGUUCGUCAAGUCUGGUGACGCCGCCAUUGUCAAGCUUGUCCCAACCAAGCCAAUGUGUGUUGAGGCUUUCACUGACUACCCACCUCUCGGACGUUUCGCCGUCAGAGACAUGAGACAGACCGUUGCCGUUGGUGUCAUCAAGUCUGUUGAGAAGUCUGACAAGGCCGGUAAGGUCACCAAGGCUGCUCAAAAGGCCGUUAAGAAAUAA